GCACACGAGCGAGGCGAGGCGAGGAACCGAUGGAAAAAACAUCUGAAAAGGAAAGAGGAGGUAGUUCUCUCGGUCGGGGGCGUUCAGGAAGAGACGGAAUGAGGGGAGUGGGAACCUUAUCCUGUAAUAGCCACAGCGAGGAGAGCUUGCAGACUCCACCUUCCCUCCUCAACCCUCCCCUUACUCUGGUUUACACCCCCCCUCCCACCCCCCCUCUCUAGGCUCUAUCUGUCCGUAGCUGAAGCAGUUUAUCAUUUGGUCAGGCGCUUCAGAGGAGAGAGCUCAACAAAAAGGAAAAGAGAACAGAUUUGUCGCUGGGAUGUUUGCGUGGCUGCUGAAAACCAGAGUGCGGAUAUCUUCUUGGCUUCCUGUGUGGACCCCUCUGGAUGAGGAGCGGCAGUGGUCACUCCAGCAGGAGGCUAAACCCACUAAACCCGUUUGUUGAUUUUUCCUGGGCCGGGAUCCCGACUCGAAGCCAGUCGGACUGCUUGAGUGAGUAGUCGAGUGGGAGCGUGGGAGCAGCGGGCCAUGCCCACCUCUGCCCACGGUCCAGCAGCAUGAAAGGGGGCCACCACCACCACCACCACCACCUCCACCACCACCGAGGCUGCUGUGGCUGCCAGCACUUGUUCCGGAAAGUCCUGACUAAGUGUGGCUGCUGCUAUGCCCGAGUCAGAGACUCGUACUCGGCGGCAGGCAGUGAAGGCAGCAUCUCUACCUCUGUGGCGUCCCUGCCCCCGCAGGCUUCAGGCAGCUCAGCCCCCGGCUCCCCCGGCUCCAAGCACUCUGUGAGCACCCUGAAGAAAUGGCUCACGAACCCGGUUCGCAAGCUUAGCGCCGGGGCCACAGCCAAAGGGCAACGUCAAAUACGCAAACUUGAAGGAAAACCUGAACUUCUUCCGUCCCACAGCCACAGCCAGGAUCCGGGCAGCCCCCCGAGGCCCGGGGACCCUCUCACCAUCCUGCCUGUCACACACACACAACUGGAGUGGAAAGACGGCCUGGCGAGCCCCGAGGAUCUGUCGCCAGCGACACUCCAGUCCCCCGGUUACGUAACCCACUCACUGAUUGGCUGCACGUCACUGCUUCACACGCAGGACGCUCAGGACGCUCUGGACGCUCAGUCCACCUCUUUCCUGAUGGAUGACACCUCCAGCCAAUGGUCUUCAGUGGCUGACACUGAGGAGGAGCGGAGAAGCGCCUUGGAGAAGAGCUUAUACGUACUGAAGGAGCUUAUCGAGACGGAGAAGCACUAUGUAGCAGACCUGGGCCUCAUCGUGGAGGGCUACAUGACCAAUAUGAACUCCAAAGGUAUACCAGAGGACAUGAAGGGAAAAGACAAGAUUGUUUUUGGGAACAUUCACCAAAUAUUUCACUGGCAUAAAGACUAUUUCCUGGGAGAGCUGGAGAAGUGCUUGGCAGAGCCGGAGAGACUGAGUCAGCUCUUUAUUAAACACGAGCGGCGUCUGAAUAUGUAUGUGGUCUACUGUCAGAACAAGCCCAAGUCCGAGCACAUUGUCUCAGAGUACAUUGAAACCUACUUUGAGGAGUUGCGGGAGCAGCUGGGUCACAGGCUGCAACUCAAUGACCUGCUCAUCAAACCUGUCCAGAGGAUCAUGAAGUACCAGCUGCUGCUCAAGGACUUCCUGAAGUAUUCCACCAAAGCCGGGAUGGAAACAGAAGAGUUGGAGAAAGCAGUAGAAGUGAUGUGCUUUGUGCCAAAACGUUGCAAUGACAUGAUGAAUGUGGGUCGACUCCAAGGCUUUGAGGGGAAGAUCACAGCCCAGGGGAAGCUGCUCCAGCAGGACACCUUCACCGUCACUGAGCAGGACUCCGGCUUCCUGUCUCGAGCGAAGGAAAGAAGGGUCUUCCUGUUUGAGCAGCUGGUCAUCUUCAGUGAGCCCACGGACAAAAAGAAGGGCUUCUCGCUUCCUGGGUACAUCUUUAAAAACAGUAUAAAGGUGAGCUGCUUGGGGGUGGAGUUCAACGCGGACGGUGACGAUGCGCGCUUCGUGUUGACGUCCCGCAAUCCAGACGGAAGCACGGUGAGAUUCCAGUUGCUGGCCUCCUCGCUGGAGACGUGCAGGGCCUGGGUCGACGAUGUGGGUCAGAUCUUGGAAACACAGCGCAACUUCCUGAAUGCCUUACAGUCACCUAUCGAGUAUCAAAGGAGAGAAAGCAAGUCCAAUAGCUUGGGUCGCUCCAUGCGGCCCCCCCCGUCCACCGGCGGCGCCCUGAGGCCCCACUCGUCUGCUUCGAUGGACCGCCACAGGCACCCCUCCCUCCAUUCUCAUAACACCUCCCUGCCCGCCCUGUACCUGCCCAGCCAAGGCCCGGCUCCGGGUCCCAGUGAGACCUCCAUGCUGCAGGAUCCCACUCUGGUGCAGCUCUGUCCUGCUGACACAGUUUCUCCGUCCCAUGUUCAGCUGACCUUGUCGGAACCGCAGACCUGUCCUGCUGUUUCCAAUGGUCUCUACACGCCCUCCAUGCAGACUCCAAAGAGAGCAGACGACGGCUGCCGCAGGGGUCAGUCGUCAGAUUUUGGAAACCAGGCUCCGUUUUCCACUCCCUCAGCCGGACGACGCCCUAGCAACCUGGCCCAGCUUGCUGAAGAUGACCUAUGACCUCCGAUGGGUGCAUAGCAUGAAGACCAGAACAAAUGAAGACAUACCAAGACCCGGUUCAGCCAUCUGAAGGAACCUAUGAAGGAAGUAAACGCAGCACCUGUAAAAUGACUUCAUUGUUUUCUACUGGGGCCGUCCUCCAAGAUGGCCCCCAAAGAAAGCUUUCUAUGUUUGUAUGAGUGGCGAUUCCACCAUCAAAUAUCCAUUCCUAAUCGGGGCGGUCCCGCCGUGUGCAUUUCCAUGACUGUGCAGCAAGUCGGGGCUUUUUGCGUGCAUGAGAGUGUGCAUGAGCUCCUCCUGUACUCGUACGGUAUGAUUCCUCCGACAACUGCUGGCGCCCUCAAACCUACCGUGACUCAAGAGGAUGUGAAGGGCUUACAUCUUCAUCUUCAUCACCACGGGGACAAGACUUAGGUUUCAUUUUGCUUUUAGCUGGACUUGCACAACCUCCAGGUCAUGGGUCAUGUGGACCGAUGCAACCUGAAGGGGGGGGGCACAGAGCGUCGGACACUGCUGCAGUACUCAGGCUGUAUAUUGUAGCUGUUCACCGUGAACCUAUCUAGAGUCUCUUUAGGGUUUUCUUUUUUUCAAUUUGGGAUUCUGGACUUCUAUCCUGUUUCAAACAGACUCAUAUGUUAUGUUGUACUGUCAUGUCCGACAAUUAAAAACUUGUAAUCAC